AGCUUCUGAACCAAUCAAACACCAUGUCUUACAAGACAGAGAAGGAAGCCUUCGUCAGUAACCUGAACGGCACCACAGUCGCGGAGAUCGCCCUCGUUAACGCCUCUGCACCGCUGGCUGUGCUCCUGAGAGCUGUGGUCAUCCCCUGGCUGUUUGGGCAAAUGUACAGCAAGUUUAACAUUGGGCAAGCCAACAAAAACGGCUCAACCCACAGAAAGCCGUCAAAACCGGCUCACACCCACAGCAACCCGUCAAAACCCGCUCAAACCCACAGCAACAUGUCAAAACCCACUCAAACCCAGAGUGUAUCCCUCCAGACAAUUCUUGAUAGAAAACUUUCAGAAACCGUGCCCUUUGUUACAAACUACAGGGCCUAUGCAAAUAUUGCCACUGCGAUUUGUAUUUUGGCGGUAGAUUUCCAUAUUUUCCCGCGGAGAUUUGCCAAGGCAGAAAUGUACGGAACGGGUCUGAUGGAUGCCGGAGUUGGCUCGUUUGUCGUGUCCAAUGCCAUCGUCUCUCCUGAGGCAAGAGGAAAAUACAGAAUGGCAAGGAGUUUGUCAGGAAAACUGUCCAACAUCGCCCAGUCUGUCAGGUCCACAGCCCCCCUGUGGAUGAUUGGUUUGUCCCGCAUGGUAGUGGUGAAAGCGUUAGACUACCAGGAACACGUGACGGAGUACGGCGUACACUGGAAUUUCUUCUUCACUCUAGCAGUGGUCAGGGUCCUGUCAACUGCAGUGCUCCAGUUUACCGGAGCUGGUAUGAGUGGCCUGUUGUCAUUGGUCCUUGCAGUGCAGUACCAGUUUGCCCUGUCCAAUCAGGGCUUGCAAGAGUUUGUCCUGCACGGUUCUGAUGGAAGGGACUCACGUAGGGGUUUCCUGGAUGCCAACAGGGAAGGGAUCUGCUCCUGCUGGGGGUUUCUGGCUGUCUACUUCACUGGGGUGGAGCUGGGGAGGUUCAUCUUUAGGAAAAGAUCAACAGUACAGCAGUGGCUUGUGGGCUGUGUUCAGCUGCUCGUGUCCUGUGGAGUGUUCUGGGUCCUGUUGGUCCUGUGUGAGGAGUAUGUGGAACCUGUAUCCAGACGUACAGCUAACCUCCCCUACCAGCUCUGGAUGAUGGUUUACAACAUCCAGAUUAUUGGCAGUAUGCUAUUGGUGGAUCUGGUGGUUGUCAUAGCAGCGGAGCUGAGACUGUUGAAGAGAGAGUACAGUCCACGGAUUUGGGGUGUAGAGCCAACCACAGGUGACAGUAAGGAUGCUGUCCCCACUGAACAGCAGCUGCCUGAUUGGUGCCUGCUGUCAGCUGUCAACAGAAACCAGCUGUUCUUCUUCCUGCUGGCCAACCUGCUGACCGGAGCUGUGAACCUGUGUGUGGACACGCUGCACACCGAACCCUUCAUGGCCUUCUGUAUCGUGUUUGCCUACAUGUUACAGCUUUGUAACGUAGUGGUUGUGCUUCAUGCUAGAAACAUCUCACUAAAGUUCUGGUGAGUCUUACUCAGGGUGUUGAAUGGUAGAGUGUUGCCAGGCUAGCAGACACAAGAGUGAGAGGACAUGGGUUUGACUGCUGGCAUUCCUGGCUAGAUGUAAUGGCACUUUCCACAACUUUCUUCACUCCAGCCAGGUGUAAAUGUACAUAUGGGUACCUGAAUUGGUUGGGGAGGCAAAAGGUAUCAAAGGAGAGGGAUUGGCUCGGCCUUCCAAUACUGUGCCCGAGACGUUUACACAGUGGAGUAAGAACCCACUUUCCUUAUGGCCACAAAAAAUGGUUAUAUACCUUUAUAUACCUGUUUUUUAUACCAAGGUACAAGUGUUGUUUGCUGUUUGCAAUUAUAUUUGCUUUUACAUGAACACAGUCCAGUUCUGAAGAGUUUGUUGUAGAAGGACCUCUUGCAGUAUGGUGUUUUAAUAGUGGGUUCUUAUAGUACAGCAUUGAGCUGCUAUGUAGCUCUGUGCAAUGUACAUGGCACAUCCCAGUUCUGGUUUGUUGUUCAGGGAUGUCAUUGCUACAGUAUGAUUUUGACUAUUUGUUAUGACAUUCCUUGUAAUGUGCAGUGGUUACAUAGUUAUGUUCUGCUAGCAAAACUAAUUCACCUAUAAUCAGCCAGAAAUGUGUUUGUAAAGUUAACGCAAUAGCUUACACAGUUAAUAUAUUUUGCAAUGAUGCAACAGAAAUGUCAAAUUAAAGUAUAAUUUUGUAAUCUUGUUUGCCACUAUACAUGAUGUAUCGCUUCAACUAUAACUUGUAGCAUCACACCUUCUUCAAUAGCAGCAACCAUACAUGUAGGUGUCAUUGUUUCUUCAAUGUUUUUUCAUGCAUCCAUUAUCAUUACAUUUUCUGCACCAAAUACAAGUAUUUGACAGUGGACUGCAUUGCAGCCCCAUCUAUCAUAUCAGGCUAGUACUGCAAGGUGAUGGCAUCUAAGUCAUUUAUUAGAUAAAAAUGCAAUAAAGACAUAAAGAAUGAACAUCACCGGG